AUAAAGAAGCUCAUUGGGUAUUGGAGGGGGCAGGCAGGCAGGGUACCAAGGGUUACCAAUUUAGCUCUAUCACUCACUCUCUCGCCGGCAUUUGGUGCUUCUCGUCUCCGUUUCAUUUUCCGGCUUUGCAAAGAUGAAUCGGGAGAGGCUCAUGAAGAUGGCCGGUGCCGUUCGCACUGGUGGAAAAGGAAGCAUGCGAAGAAAGAAGAAGGCUGUUCACAAAGCCACGACCACUGAUGAUAAAAGGCUUCAGAGUACCUUGAAAAGGGUUGGGGUGAACACCAUCCCUGCCAUUGAAGAAGUUAACAUUUUCAAGGAUGAUGCAGUCAUCCAGUUUCUUAAUCCCAAAGUUCAAGCUUCCAUUGCUGCAAACACUUGGGUUGUUACUGGUUCUCCUCAAACAAAAAAAUUGCAAGAUCUUCUCCCAGGGCUCAUCAACCAACUAGGGCCAGAUAACUUGGAGAACCUAAAGAAGCUUGCGGAGCAGUUUCAAAGGCAGCAACCUGCUGGUGCACAGCCAAAGCAAGAAGAAGAAGAAGAUGAUGAAGUCCCAGAGCUUGUUGCUGGUGAAACCUUUGAAACUGCUGCGGAAGAUGGCCAUACUUCUUAGACUGGUUGGGGGAUGGUUUCCAAUUGCUUGGUCUUUCUUUCCCUUUCUUCCCUUCGGCCCCUAUAAUGGUUUUCUCUCACUUUUCUUGAGAUGUGUUGUGGAAUCCAUGGACAGAAUUGUAGCAUGCAUGAGACCUACCCUUUCAUUUGAAUGUCGGGUAUUAUUUUUAUCAAGUCACGCGGCCCCUUCUUACACUA